AGCGAGCAUUGUGCUUGCAUAUGCUGCGUCUUCAUACACGUUGCACGGUUACCGUUACGUUCCUCUGGCGUGGUCGUCAAAUGCACAAAGAGUAAUCAGAUGUAUUUGUAAUUUUAGUGACAUGUCUAGAAUGUCGCGGAAAUAUUGUGAAUCUUGAAUAUAACUCUUUCUUUUUUUUUCUUUCAGGUGAGUACACUUCCUGCUACGUUGGUUUUGCACGAGAGUACCCUCUUCCACAUCAUGAAAAGGAGAUGUACCUCGCUGCCGCGCGCCGGCUGCUGGAGGCGGAGGGUGGGGCGCUGUGCCCUGGGUGCAACAUGCCGUUCGACAAGGGGCGCAAGCGCAAGCUGAUCGACGCGUGCGGCCACGAGCGCUGCUACGCCUGCAUGUUCCGCAGCGACGCCUGCCCGCUGUGCGCGGCCGCCGCCGCGGGCCCGCCCGCCGGCGCCCAGCAGCGCUCCGCCGACGCGGCCCAUCCCAUUAAGAAGGCGCUGGGAAGCUCUGAGCCGAUCUACGUCGAACUCAAGAACGCCGCAGGGAUCCAGACUCGCCCAAAGGUCAAGACGAAUGGGCACUUCACCUCGUUCAUGCAGUCGUUUUCUCUGAAAAGUCUACGACGAAAUCACGAAAAGUGUUCAGGGAAUGAUGAACACAAGGAGUACGUAUAUUUUUCUUCUUUCACGUUUAAGUUACGU